GCUGCACCUGUAUUCAGUCUGCCUGUCCCGUUAGGAAAAAGUUGGCAGUGCAAUGGUUACGCUGCGUGCGUCUCAAGGGCAGAGGAAAUGAGGAAACCGAUCACAACAACUAAUGAAGAGACACACCAGACCUCUCUCUGUCUGCGGACUACCCUGCUGCUCCGGCUCUGUUGUAGCUGUGCUGCCAUGCCAGUGGAGGAUGUUAUUCCAGUCAUAUUUAUAUUCAUAAGAGGAUAAAAAAAAACAACAAAAAAAACGGGGAGAUCAUAUUUUCCGUGGGAGCGACAACGUGGAGAGACUGAUCGAGCCGGGGAGCGGAAUAUGCGCCACUGUCCAGCUCUGCACGUCGGGCUAAAGCGUCGGGUCUCUACCGGAUAAAUGUCCUCCGAGCUGACUGAUGUGAUUUCUUUCAGCCACACAGAUGAUUUUAUGAUCGCACCACGUUUCAGCGGGAAUCUGGAUGCUGGAUGCUCCUAAUGUCACGACACCCCGGACACCCACACUGGUUCAAUGGGAUCAGGAACAAUAGACUAAUAGAAUAAAUACAGGAAGGCAUUCAAAGUUUAACCAAGUCUGAUUAGAAAAUCAGCAUUUUUAAGGUUAUGGUGCCACCAUUAGAUGGAGAAUUUAAUUAUUACUUGAGAGUGGCAGAAUUGUAUGCCUGUAAUUAGUGGAAGGAGGGUUAUUCUACACAACAGCCUACUCCAGUGUCUGACUAAUUAAAAUACAAACUAUUAUCCUAGUUUAGGUUGGGAACAGACUCCUGCUAGUUUAGACGAUCAUCUAGUCUCAAAUGAACAAGAUAAAGUUAUUAUCCAACACUGAGGAUGCCACCCUGGGCGUCCUUUCAAGGAAGGGAGCCUGGAGAAUGAAAUGAAUGCGGGAUUUCUGCGCCUUUAAUCGGACACAGAAGCAAAAGGAAGGAGACGGCCGGCAAGCCACCUUCUUUUUUCUUUUUUUGGAUUGGUCCAAAACAUUUUUUUUGCGGUCCCCUUCGAGUCCUGCACAAUGGGGAUUAUGCUUCAAGUUAUUCUAGGAAUGUUUCAAUUCCUGCUGCUAACCAGAAUACCCACGUCCCACGCCAAGCUUGCUCACUGGCGGCCGGCAGACUCCCCAAAAUCCAGGGAGGGUCGAGAAGUGCGGCGGUGGUUGGAGGUUUAUUCGCGCAGCGGCUGUGAGCCUCGGGACACUCUGGUGGAGGUUUGGCGGGAGUUACCGGGGGAGACGCACCAUCUCUUCGUCCCAUCCUGUGUGUCGGUGAGGCGAUGUGGUGGCUGCUGUGCUGAUGAGGCCCUGGAGUGUGUUCCUUCGCUCACACAUACAGUCACCAUGGAGCUGAUGAGAACCUCCUUCAUGAAGCAUGAGCUCAUUGAGCUGCUGUUCGUGGAGCACAGUCAGUGUGAGUGCAGAUUAAAAGAACAAAUCCAGCCAACACCUACAACAAGGCCCUAUCUGAAGCCAACAAGAACAGACAAGGAAAAGGAGAGAGGAAAGUCCAGACAGAAGACAAGUGGAGCCAUCAGAGCUGCGACCCAUGCUCCCCCAACUCUUCCACCCCCUUCUACGUCACCUUCUACGUCACCUCCUCCUCCGUCACAUCCGCCCACCGGCCUCUCUCCCUCUCCGUCGCCAUCUCUGAGGCCUCGUUGCCGUCCCUGCAGAGGGAGGAAGUGGGCACUGGAUGCGACGUCUUGCCAGUGCCGCUGCACCAUCAGAGCUGAGAGCUGCAGCCAGAAAGACCGUACGCUCAACCCUCGCCGCUGUAGGUGUGAUGCCAUGAGGACUUGAUGUGUCUACUCACUUUCUUUUCACCUCCUUCUUUCCACCCAACCCUUGUUGAUUCAUCGCCCACUCUCAGCAUCAGUGCCAUGGAGCAUACAGACGCUUGGACAUCCAGUAACCUCAGACUGAAGGAAAUAUUAGCGGAAGCACACACAAGAACAUGUAGCAGCGCUCUUAGUUAAGCAACAAGUGCAGCAUUACAACCUGAAUAUAGAUCUACGUAUGCAUGUGCAGCCAAACAUCUUACCACCUCCUCUGCUUCUGUGGCAAAGCUUUUGUCAGUCCACAUGAACUUGCGUGUACAGACAUGUAGAGUCACAAAACACAUCCCAUGAGUGGAGGGAUGAAGAGGCAGCUUAAUUGCAACUUUGAGAGACAUGGAUUUCGGACAAAUUCUGUCUUGGUGGACACAAUCACACGAGCUCCUGAUCCGCUGUGGUUUGGAGGUUCUUUAGGUCUCAACUUAUGAUACAAGAGAGCAGUGGAAACUUGACUGAUUAUACAAAGAACAAUGGAUAUGAAGUCGAUCGGUCAUACGCAAGAGUCCUACGUAAUGACACUUCAGUGGAAGUUGUGAUUUUAUUGAGAUGGAUUCCAGGGUGAAGUCAAGGCCAAUUUCUGUUUUGAGGAUUUGACAAACGACAGCAACACAUUCAGACAUACCAGAAGGACAUAGGACAUGCAUUUGAACUGGCACCCCAGUGUGCGUGGACCUAUAGUUGAGCUGAAUGCUGGGAUGGAGAGUAUCUGUGUGGUCUCAACACUGAAAGACCCAGAUGGGAUAUCCCUGCAGCCGUUCUCUUCCAUUCAAAGCGUAUGACCACGGGCUGGCUCUCCAAGCCGCUUUCCGGCAUUUGUUUAAUUUGGGUCUUUUGUCUCCAUCUUCCCUCGGCUCCUGGAUUGAAAGCAGCCGCUUUGCCUCUCUUUGCCUCUCUUUUAGGCAGUGAGGAGAAUGACAAUAAUGAGGGCUGGCGGCUGUCCACUGCUUCACACACAAACAUUCACACUUAUAAUACUAGGAACACAGACGACACUGCAAAUGCAGACACACACAGCCUCAUUCACUCUGUGCUAUAGCAGGCACACAUAUACAUUCAUAUUUACACACACAUGCAAUGUGAAAUGAAUGCAGGUAGCCAUAAGCAUUUGUUUGUGCCACACCAAGUGUGCAAAUAUACAUAUGUUAGUUGUUUGUAUUUGCAAUUUACUGCAAAGUCUUCAUUUGAUAUUGUAUUAUAUGCCUCUGUUAUAUUUUUUAUUAUAAUUCUGUCAAGUUGAUUGAAAAUGCUCUAUUGUAGAAUGUGAGUCUUUGUUUUGUUUGUUCAUCUUUAAUCCGUCUGCAUAAAGAGUCACGCUGGGUGGCCGUCUAUGUAUACAGUCAGCAUUUAAACCGAUGUAAACCAAAUGUAUUGAAUUUAAACAGACACGGCUCACACAGGCCACAAAUGGGAGACUAUAUACAUUAUAAUGUGUAAUUCAAACAAUCAGCAGGGCGGUGUUGUCCGCAGCACAUAGAAACCUAGCAAAUAGCCGUUCCCAGUGCGGUGAAUGAAAACAUGGCUGUUUUUGUUGCAUGUGCGAGCCGGGAUGGAAAGAGUAUUAUUCACUUGGAACAUAACUUCUUUGUAUUCUGACCGAAUCUCACGGUUUAACUCCGUGUUAGUUCAUGACUGCUUGGCCGUUGGGUGGGAAUGUUGAUUUUGACUGUGGCGGUUUCAGAAAGGACGAGGUUCUUCAGCAGCUUGUCAGUCAGCGUGAUUGGCCAGAGCUCUGAGGACCCAUUAUGACGGGUCAUGGAGUUUAAACCCAUCUUUUGACACUCAUUGAGACCCUUUGUCCCGUGCUAAAUUUUACUGAGAACAUUUUACCAGUGACGUCUUAUCUUCAUGACAAACAGUAGCUUUGAAAUUCCAUAAUUAAUGUCUGUACUCUACCCAUGACUUUCACGAUCCUGCUGAUUGAAACAGUCCAGAGGCUGAAUUAUUCGUGUGUCAGCCUUGAGCUAAAGAACUGUUGGGAUAAGCUCUGUAUUUAUGCUCUCCUGAGAUGAGAUUAUUUUUCCACGCUUGAGUCCAUUGUUCAGUAUUCCUAUCAAUCAAUGCUUCAAUCACUACCUCUAUAUCACAAUAUAUUAAUGACCAAGUAUUAGAGCCUUGUUGUUACUUUCUCUUGUGUUAUUUCAGACCUCUUUUGAGAUAAUAAUGUUUUUAUUUACACUUAGCAAUAAGCACAGUCUAAUGUAGAUAUGUGGAGCUGCAGCAGAUCUGUAAUGAUAGUCACUGGUUUAGAGGAACCUAUAGGAGUUUUAUGUGUGCGUCUUAAUAAUCAGAUGGGAAGCAUUUUUCAUAUGAGGAGAACUGAACUGGUCCUCUGAGUACAGACCAGACACUGUGUGAUAAUGUGGAACAGGAGACGGUCCCCCAAAGCGUUUGUAGCCUCAAACCACUGGUGUCGAUGUCUUGGCUUUGAACGAGAAGUUUGGCAUUUCAGAAAAUAUACUCAUUCCCUUUCAUGCUUGGAGUCAGAUAAGAAGAUUGAUACCACACUCAAGUCUGUAAAAUAUGAAGCUGGAGCCAGCAAUCAGUUAGCUUAGCAUAAAGACUGGAAACAGGGGAAACAGCUACCCUCAAUUCUUUUCCAAUUUUCUAGCCUUCAUUUCUUGAUAAUGUUGCAUUUUGUGGACAAAUGUUUUGGGGAACCUAAGAGUCCCUGAAGCUCAGUACAGAUUGCACUUGUGUUUCAGAUUGUAAAGCACAUACUUUACAUUAGUCCACUGAAAAAAACAACAACUGAAAGAGCAAAUGGACUCAGAUUGAAAAGCUCCACUCAUGCAGACAUGUACGACGUAUCAAAGACAUUCCACCUAAAAGAGUUGUGGUGCUGAGAUCUCUGGGGCUCCGGUUGUUACUUCCUGUUACCAAAUUUUCCAAUUUCAAAGUACAAAUUCUGAACAAUAAAAGCAACAACAGCAAAUUCCAUUCAGAGAGCAAUAGUAUUGGGAGACCAGGCGUCCCAUGUACUAAGACUGAGUCCGGGUUUGAAUCCAACUCACGACCAUUUGCUGCAUGUCGUCUCCUCUCUCUCCCCCCUCAGCUAAUAUAGAAAGAAAAUGCCCCCAAAACAUUAUCUUAAAAAACACAAAGCAUUCGUAUCUGUUGUUGCCUCCCAUCACUUCAACGUCGCAACUCUUUAAGAUGUACAACUUGGACAUAUUAAUAUCCUGCUCAAAUGUCCUGAUCCUGUGUCAGUAUCAAACAUCAGUGUGCUUUGUAUCUGCACAGUUGUGCUACAUUGUACUGUAAAGGUAGCCCUGUGCUAGCCUCCAGUGUCUUAGCCUAUAGAGACCCCUCGCUAAACUAUAUAACAUUUUAUAAUCUCUAACCUGACCUUGUGUAUGACAUAGUGCAUACUUUAGAGAUGUAUUUGUAACUUCAUUUUAGCUAUACCUUGCAAUGAAUCUCUUCGCUGCCAAUACAUUGUACUACUGUAGCUAUGUAUAAAGAAAACACUCUUUUUUUGCUGCUACACCAUUUGUGCCCUAUUAUGAUGUCUUUGUAGAAAACAAUGCAGUCUUAUGUUGUAUUAGUAUAUAAAUGCCAAUUAAUUAAUUCAAUGUCCACAUAAAAGUCUAUACUACAUCGUCAAAUAUAUUGAAAAUGAUACCAGGAUACAACCGUGAUGUUACAUUGUUAUUAAAGGAAAUGUCUUAUU